CUCCCAAGAAGCAUUUUUCUCUUUUUAUUUUUGAAAUUAUUGUCAACUAUUUUGGUGUGUCUUCGUGAUGCUUCGUAAAGAGAAUACGCCAGACAUGGAAGUAGAGUCCCCCACCUGCCGGGCGGACUCUCCCGCCGGGAUAAGGUGCCAGGAGACGGCCGAGGGGGCGAACUCUCCUGCCUCCUCCACAUCCUCCUCUUCCUCGGGGGACAACGCAAAGGACAUCUGCCAAGACCCACUAUUUGUUCCGACCGUGACUGCAAUCUCCUCCAGCCCUGAUUUCCAGUGGAUGGUCCAGCCUACAAUCAUCACAUCCGUUUCCCCGUCUCCAGGUUGCGAGCCAGCCAAUGAGCCGAAGAGCUCUCGCCAGGCAACACCCAUAAGAGAGAGCAGGAAUAAGGGAAAGAAUGCAGCGAGGAAAGCAAAAGCAGAGCAGCUGUCUCCAGAGGAGGAGGAGAAGAAGAGGAUCAGGAGGGAGAGGAAUAAAAUGGCUGCUGCCAAGUGCCGCAACCGCCGGAGGGAACUGACGGAUACGCUGCAAGCUGAGACGGACAAGCUGGAGGAGGAAAAAGCAUCCCUGGAGACAGAAAUCGCCAACCUCCUCAAAGAGAAGGAGCGUUUGGAAAUCAUUCUGGCCACACAUAAACCCGUGUGCCAAGUGUCCGAAGAUAUGGAGUCAGUGUUCCAGGAUUCCGCCGGAUCCCUUGAAAUCCCACCAAGUCCGGAGGAGGACCAGGUCCCAGACGACGGCGUGCAGGAAGCUCCUUCGCUUCAAGACAUGGACGUCCCCAACGAUCCGUCCGUAGCCAUCUCAGGGAACUCCAACAUCCUGUUGUGUGCCAGCGCUGAAAUCAGCAUCUGCGAUCUGGAGCCUUCUCUGGACAUUAAGUCGGGGCUUCUGGAUGCUAUGCUACCUACCUUCGGGGAUAAGCCACCCAUGGAGACGGCCCGGUCGGUUCCGGACAUCGACUUGAGCGGCUCUCUCGGGGUCUCCGACUGGGAGACCCUGUACAAGUCCGUCUCCAGCGACCUGGAGCCCCUCAGUACUCCCGUGGUGACCUCCACUCCGACCUGCAGCAGCUAUCUGUCCGUCUUUACCUUCUCCUGUCCCGAGUUGGACUUGCUCACAGAAGGACUGGACAACCAUAAAGGAGGAGGCGGAGGAGGAAAAGCCGAAUCUGUCGAUCAUCUCAACUCUCCAACUUUGCUGGCCCUAUAAAGGGAGGUGAUGCGUGUCACUUGUUUCUCUCUCUUGCAGGUUCUGGACUUUGGAGACCAGAAGUGAGCAACUUACAUGUGGAACCGUGUGUAAGCGGUAAGGCUUUGAGGAUGACUACAUUUAAGAAAGACACAUAUCCAACAGUGUGCUAAUGUCGCGCGGCGUCCAGUUUGACAGAAGCGAGCUCUCCAUUCAAAUGCAUGCGGAGAAGUCUCCAGAUCAUUUUCAAAACUUAUAUACUGUACAGCAUAUCUAUCAGUAUAUAUGAUCCGUUACUAGAUCUAGGAUGUAAUGUGGAAUUUAACGUGUCUGUAUGGUUUUGUGUUUUAGUGUCCUGAUUACUCUUAAUGCCGUACUCACACACACAAAACACUUUCAUCCAUGCUUACCUCAAUGUCACCGAUUGUGGUUUUGACCUCAUUGUUGAGAAAGUUUUCCAUGAAAACAUCCAGUGCUAUAUACUAUAUAUCUAUCGAGAUGUAACUUAUGAUUUAUUUUUCUACCUGUCAGAUUUUGUUAAAGGAGAGAUUGAGCAUUGAGUGCUUAUCUAUACUGUUGAAUAACAAUAAAAAAGAAAUUGACUGAG